AUGGCUCAGGCUAUGCAGAACCAACCGAAUGCUAACGAGAAUGCUGGAUCUCGUAGUUUGGUGACUUUCCAAAGGGAGAAUCCGCCGGUGUUCAAGGGUACACAUGAUCCUGAUGGUGCUCUUGAUUGGUUGAAGGAGCUCGAGCGAAUCUUCCGUGUUAUGGAUUGUACUCCUGCACAGAAGGUUAGAUAUGGCACUCAUAUACUGGCUAAGGAAGCUGAUGAUUGGUGGUUGGAGAUGCUUGCUAGGUUGGAGUUUUCAGGUGAGGAAGUCACUUGGAAUGUGUUUCGUAGGGAAUUUCUGAGGAAGUAUUAUCCUGAAGAUGUUCGGGGUAAGAAAGAGAUAGAAUUCCUAGAGUUGACGCAAGGGAACAAGUCUGUGACCGAGUAUGCUGCCAAGUUCACUGAGUUGAUUAAGUUCUAUCCUCACUUUGAUGGCGAAGGUGCUGAAUUUUCUAAGUGCAUCAAGUUUCAGAAUGGGUUACGCUCGGAGAUCAAGAAGGCUGUUGGGUACCAAAAGAUCCGUUUAUUUUCUGAUUUGGUUGACAGUUGUAGGAUCUUUGAGGAAGAUAGUAAUGCUCAUCACAAGAUGGUUAGUGAUAGAAGAGGCAAGAAUCAACAAAGCCGUGGGAAACCGUAUCAUGCUGGUAAAGGGAAACAAAGAGUUACUCAUGGUCAGAGGUCUAGUGGGGGAGAUGCUCCUUCUAGGAUUGUAUGCUUCAAGUGUGGUCAACCUGGUCAUAAGAACAAUGCGUGUACUGCUGAUGCGAGGAAGUGUUUCAGAUGUGGUAAGCUGGGACAUGCAAUGUCUGAUUGCAAGCAAAAGGACAUGGUAUGUUUCACGUGUGGCGAAGAGGGACACAUUGGUAGCCAGUGUCCAAAGAAGAAGGCACAAUCUGGUGGAAAGGUGUUUGCUUUAGCUGGGACUCCUAGAGCUAGUGGAGACCGACUCAUCAGAGAUGUGAUCUUAGGUAUGAAUUGGUUAGAGUAUAACUAUGUUCAUAUCAACUAUUUUAACAAGUCCUUGAGGUUUUCUUCUCCCGAGGAAGAAGGAGUUGGUUUGUUGAAUGGUAAGCAGUUGAGCCAAUUGAUGCAAGACGAAGCACAGAUGUUCUCCUUGAUGGCGUCAUUAUCUUUUGAGAAUUAA